UCUGCAGUCCGGUCUGCGGUCCGGUCCUAUCUGCUGUAUGUCCGCAGUCUCUAGUCAUCCCCUGUACUGUGUCCGCAGUCUCUGGUCAUCCCCUGUACUGUGUCCGCAGUCUCUGGUCAUCCCCCUGUACUGUGUCCGCAGUCUCUGGUCAUCCCCUGUACUGUGUCCGCAGUCUCUGGUCAUCCCCUGUACUGUGUCCGCAGUCUCUGGUCAUCCCCUGUACUGUGUCCGCAGUCUCUGGUCAUCCCCUGUACUGUGUCCGCAGUCUCUGGUCAUCUCCCUGUACUGUGUCCGCAGUCUCUGGUCA